CCUAAAAAAAAAAAGCCCCAAUAAGAAAUUCAUUUUAUAUUAGAUCUAGUAAAUACAUUUGUUAUAUGUGUUUGUAGAAAACUGAAACAAAAGUUUCAUGAAAUAAUGCCCAUACUAUGUGCAUUUUGGUAUUUUGUAUUCUCUUUUAGUUAAUAUUUCCUUUCUUCAACCCAUAAUUUGAUUUUGAAACCACAAAUUGAAAAACGUUGAUUUAGGCCACACUUCCCACUCUAAGUGUCAUCUGCGGAAAGCUGUAUUACAAACCUUUGUAUUCCGUAAUCUUUGCUGGAAGAAAAUCUGUAAUGCCUCAAGACUGGAGGACAAGACCAUUUCAUUUCAUUUUUUUUUCACAAGAAGACUUGUAGAGAAUAUUUAUUGCAGCUUUUUUUUCAUAGUAAAAAAUUACAAACAACGUAAGUAAUAGGGCAAUGGAGAAAUAAACUGUAUUUCAGUCAUAUAAUUGAAGACUAUGAAGAAGUUAAAAUGAAUAAACUAGACAUAUACAUUUCAAAUCUUAAAAUAAUAACGUUUCAUAGAAAAGCAAGUUGCAAGAUGAUACACAUGGUAUUUUAUCUUUAAGGUACAUUGAAAAUACACAGACUGCUGCGUGCUUUUGUAUACACACGUACUUAUACUGAUUUGAAUGAGAGACACAAACUUAAGAUAGAGCUUUCCUCUUGGUAAAAGGGGAGAGAAAAUAAGAUUGUUGGUCGGUUUUGUUUAUACCUUUAAAAUUUUUCUCUUUAUACUGAAAUGAGAAGCAAGCAUGGCAAAAUGUUAACAUUUGCUCAGUCUAGGUGGUGGGCAUAAGUGUCUACUAUGUUAUGUUCUUUACCUUUUUAUCUGAAAUAGUUUAUAAUAAAAAGAAAAAAUCUCUAUAAUGAAAGUUGACAUAUAUUAUCUGCUUAUAACCUCUAUUAUCUUGCUGUUUUAUAGUGCCGUUAUUUGGCUCCAGGCUACUUCUCUGAGCUGCAGGGAACUUUAGCCAUGAUCUGUGGCCCGCGAUUUCUACUCAGUCUCUCUUGUAUUUAGAUGCCAAAUCUGGAAAAGGAGACAAUAAUUUAUAGGUAUUUACUGGACAGUAUUUGCAAUGAGCCCAGGUUACAUGGCCAUUUCCUAGUCAGGGCUGAGGAGGCAGUCUUCCUGGAUAAGGCUGUUUGCAUUUUCAUAUGGUAAGCCUUUCUUUUUUUCUGGAUUAGGCAUUAAGGCAGGAGGCACUUGACCUUAAAAGAUCAGGGAUGUUGGAACCAGAGAGAUGAAAACAUCAUACAAAGACCUUGAUGGCAGCCAGAAUCCUAUAGAAUUCUACAGUGUUUAGGCAUCACUAUUUCCCAAAGAAACAGCAUGAUUUGUAAGAUUUUUUAAAAAGGGUCUGCCACCCUUGUCCUGUAAUGACACAGUCACUUGUUUCAGUUUGAUCUCUAGUCCUAAUUUGUUUUCAGUCACUUUCUUCCCCAAUCAUUCAUUAUUAUUGUUAUUAUUAAUUUUUUAGAGCAGUUUUAGAUUUACAGGAAAAUUGAUCAGAUAAAAUAGAGUUCCCAAAUACCUCCUCUUCUCCCUUGCACAUAGUUUCCCCUAUUAUUAACAUCUUGCGUUAGUGCAGUACAUUUGUUGUAAUUGAUGUGGCAAUAUUGAUAUGUUGUUAUUAACCAAAGCCCAUAGUUUACAUUAAGGUUCACUCUUCGUGUUGUACAGUUCUGUGAGUUUUGUUUUUUUGUGUAUGUAAGGAAGAUUGGCCCUGAGCUAACAUCUGUUGCCAGUCUUUCUCUUUUUGCUUGAGGAAGAUUGUCGCUGAGCUAACAUCUGUGCCAGUCUUCCUCUAUUUUAUGUGGGAUGCUGCCACAGCAUGGCUUGACAAGCAGUGAUAGCUCUGCGCCCGGGAUCCGAACCUGCGAACCCCAGGCCACCAAAAUGGAGCGUGUGAACUUAACCGCUAUGCUGCCAGGCUGGCCCCAGUUCUGCUAUUUCUGAUGCUUGGAAGCUGUCCUUUCAGCCACAAAGAUGGUAAUAAAUCUUUGCCUUCCACAGUUCAGACCAAGAAUUUACUGCAACAAGAUAUCAGCUGAUGGUUAUGAAGUAGAAAAUCUCAUCUCUGAAGAUCUCACAAAGAGAAGUCAUGGUUUUAGGACAGAGUAUUUCAUUAAGCCACCAGUCUAUGUGAUAGUUUCCUUUCCCUUCAGUGUGGAAAUCUGUAGGAUUAACAUAGACCUCACAGCUGGGGGAGGCCAGAAUGUCACUGGCCUGGAAAUGUACACAUCUGCCUUAUCCAGCAGAGCGUCUUGGAAUACCCUCGAGUGCCGGGCCCUGGGCUCAGCUGAGCCUUCCGUCCCGGACAGGGAAGCAUUCACCUUGGUAGGCAAAGUCUUGUUGAAAAACCAGAGCCAAGUCGUGUUUAACCACAGGGGCUUCAAGGCUAGGCCACCUUUUGGCCCAGUGGAAGCCACGCUCCCCUCCCCUGCUGUUGUGGCACAGGAGCUUUGGAAUAAAGGGGCUCUUUCUCUUAGCCACGUGGCCCAUGUCAAGAUCUGUAUCACCCAUGUGACAGGCAGCGGUAUACCUUGCAUCAAGCGGCUGGAAGUCUGGGGUCAGCCAGCCAAAACCUGCUCUCAAGAGGUGAUAGACAGUGUCCUGCUGGUUGCCUCAGAGAGCCUCCCUCGAGACUUGGCUCUGCAGGCCCCCGCCUUGCCCAUGGAAAGCGACUGUGACACUGGGGGCCAGUCUGAGAGCCCACCGGCCCCUUCCAGCCUGCAAGAGCUGGCCGAGGUAAUUCAGGAUGUGCCUGAGGAGUUCCUGGAUCCCAUCACCCUGGAAAUCAUGCCUUGCCCCAUGCUGCUCCCUUCAGGCAAGGUCAUCGACCAGAGCACACUGGAGAAGUGUAACCGCAGUGAAGCCACAUGGGGCCGAGUGCCCAGUGACCCUUUCACAGGGGUAGCCUUUACUCCACAUUCCCAGCCCCUGCCUCACCCCUCCCUGAAGGCCCGGAUUGACCAUUUCCUGCUCCAGCACUCCAUCCCUGGCUGCUACCUGCUUGGGAGAGCACAGACUGCGUUGGCAGUUACCCCGUCUUCAAUUGCUCUGCCUUCUCGGAAAAGGAAGAUGGAGCAGGUUGACCAUGCCCCAGACAGUAGCCUUGGUAUAAAUGCUUCCUGUUUUUCUACCACAAGCCUUCUGGUCUCACCCACUACCUCAGAACACACCACUAAGAAAAUGAAAGCUGCCAGUGAGCUUGGUCUGACACACAUGGACUGCUCAACAGGUCCAGUGUCCCAUGAGCAGAAACUGUCACAAAGCUUGGAAAUUGCCUUGACAUCAACCCUUGGCUCCAGGCCCUCUUUCACGGCUCGGCUGACCAGGGGACAGCUCCAGCACCUCAGCACAAGAGGGAGCAGCACUUCCUGGAGGCCAGGCACAGGCUCGGAGCAGCCUGGGAGCGUCCUGGGCCCCGAGUGUGCCUCCUGCAAAAGAGUGUUUUCUGCCUACUUCAAAAAGGAGCCUGUGUAUCAGCUUCCCUGUGGCCACCUCCUGUGCCGGCCCUGCCUGGGUGAAAAGCAGCACUCCCUGCCCAUGACAUGCACAGCCUGCCAGCAGCCAGUUGCCAGCCAGGACGUGCUGCGAGUCCACUUCUGAGUGACCAGCUCCUCAACUCGAGAAGACCUAUCACUGGGAGGAGCCGAGGGAGAGCAGGAGUGGGGGUCACAGUUCCCCUGAGGUCUGGCCAGGUCCCAGGCACAGAGGGGCCUCUUCUUUCCCAAGGGCUUUCCCUUUAUCUCCUCACACAGCGUAGCACAGGCCGGGAGUGAGGGGUGGAGGAGGAGCACUCCACUCCUGCUCCAGUGGCAAUAGGAUAACAAAGCCAUAGUCUGGGCUGGGAGGGAUGGGGGAGAUGUCCCUGCCCUCCUCUGCUUCCCUGCCACCCCCUGCCGGGCCCCAGGGCCUGCUAGAGCCAGCCCCACUCUGCUGAGGGCCCCCCAAGUUAUCUGCACGCCCACCCCCAUCCUGCAGGGUGGAUGUGAGUGGAGCACAAAGACUGUGGCUCAGGAUCUCGAAGAGAGCCUCCACCUUCAGUGUCACCCAAAAGUGGACCGUGGCAGAGGUCUAUGGAGUGAAUGACUCAGCCCCCCAGCUGGCAGACCACUCCGAGCCUUAAUAAAGAAUGGUUGACGUCCCCUGUAGGCUUCCUCCUGGCA